AUGGGGGGCCUAGGGCUCAUGAACAGCAUCGGCAUCUACCAAGCCUGGAUAUCAACUCACCAACUCGCAACACACAGCGCCGGGCAAAUCGGGUGGAUAUUCGGCCUAUACAACUUCCUCGUCUUCUUCUGCGGAAUCCAAAUAGGACCUAUCUUCGACGCCAAGGGUCCCCACUUCUUAAUGUGGUUUGGCUCAACGCUGAUCGUGUUAACAUUCGUGUUAAUGGGGUUUUGCACUGCAUACUGGCAUUUCCUAGUCGUCAUCGGGAUUCUGGGUGGAAUGGGGACGUCGUUUAUUUUUAUCGUCCCCGUUGCUAGUAUUGGCCAUUUCUUUUGUCGACGACGUGGUGCCGCGACGGGUCUUGCGUUGUCGGGCGGGAGUAUUGGGGGUGUGAUAUUCCCGCUUGUUCUGGAGAAUCUUGCGCCGAAGAUAGGGUUUGCUUGGUCAACUAGGAUUAUCGGGUUGAUUACGCUGGUCCUGUUGAUUCCGGGGUGUUUACUUGUUCGAGCGAAUUUGCCGCCGAAGGCGCCCUCGCCGCCGUCGGCGAAGGUGUUUCUACCGGAUUUGACGAUUCUGAGAGAUCCAGUGCUUGCGUUGACGACGUUGGGUGUGUUUUUUAUUGAGUGGGGGUUUUUUAUUCCCUUGGAGUAUAUCGCGUCGUAUGCUCUUGCUAGUGGUAUCCCGCGUCAACUGUCGUAUUUGAUGGUUGUGUUUUUGAAUGCGGGUUCGUUUCCGGGAAGAUGGUUGCCGGGGAUUUUGGCAGACCGAAUUGGAAGGUUUAAUACGUUGCUUCUGACGAAUAUUUUAUGUUUGGUUGCUGUGUUGGCGGUGUGGAUGCCUGCUGGUGGAAACGUGGUUGCUGUCAUUAUUUUCUCGGUGGUAUUUGGCUUCGCCAGUGGGAGUAAUAUCAGUCUUGUCCCUGUUUGUGUCGGGGAACUAUGUCCCGUUGAGAAUUAUGGACGGUAUUAUACGACUGUAUAUACUAUUGUCAGCUUUGGGUAA